AUGGCUGCCAAAAUAUCCAAAGAAAGCAAAACACCCUAUGUGUUCCUUGGCCGGUCUGGUGUGAAAGUAUCAAAUAUCACUUUAGGAACUGUGACUUUUGGAGAGCACCAGGGUCGACCAGGACAGAGUGACGAAGACGCUGCACAUCAAAUCAUCAACCGUUACGUGGAGUGGGGUGGCAACUUCCUGGACACGGCCGAUAUGUAUGGGCUUGGCAACUCCGAGACCAUCAUCGGCAAGUGGCUGGAAACGCAACCCAGAGACAAAUAUAUCAUUGCCACGAAAUGUCGAUGUGGUAUGGACCUAGAAAAUAACGUCAACAGUGUGGGUCUGAGUCGACGUCACAUAACCGAAAGUAUCGACAAAAGUCUUCAGAGAUUACACACAGACUUUGUGGAUCUUUACCAGGCUCAUCAUGUUGACGAUGGAACCCCAGUCGAGGAAACCCUGAGAACACUGGAUGACCUAGUCCGUGCUGGUAAAAUCCGCUACAUCGGCCUCAGUAACGUAACUGGUUGGCGGUUGAGUCUACUAGUAGAGACAACCAAACACCUGGGACUCAACCCAAUUAUCAGUUUACAGCAACAAUACAGUCUUGUCAGCAGAGAGUCUGAGCUGGAGCCAUUCCAGGUGUGCAAGGCCCAGGGACUUGGCGUCCUUCCCUGGAGUCCACUCAAAGGAGGCUUCCUUACUGGAAAAGUCAAACGAGGACUGAAACCCACAGAAGGGAGGAUUGGUUGGGUGGCAGACAAUGAGACCAAGGCCAAGGAGAAUGCUCCUUUGUGGAAAUCUUUUGAUGAUAAAUCCUUUGAUGUGCUGGAUGUAGCUGAAGCAAUUGCUAAGAAUCAUUCCAAGAGUGUCCCCCAGGUGGCCAUCCGAUGGCUUCUACAGAAGGAUGUUGUCUCCUCAGUCAUCAUAGGAGUCAGAACUCUUGCCCAACUGGAUGACAACAUGGGAGCUAACGGAUGGAGCUUGACCCAGCAAGAGAUGCAGCAACUAGAUGACGUCUCGGCUCCUCCACUGGCCUACCCCUACAAUAUGGUCUUCUCAAACAACACCGAUCGUGUGAACCCAGCGGCCAAUAAUUUCUACGUCAAAUCAACCAGCAAUUUAAAGUCAGCUCUGAAUGUUUAG